CCAACUGCAACCCUCAAUAAAAAAAAUCAACUAAUUUUUAAUUUUUCGGGAAAUGUGUUGUUUAUAAUGAACUUUUUCAAAAAUAUUGUUAUUCGUAACAAACCCCGACCAAAUGAAGAAACUACAGCUAUACAAAGAGAUCAAGGUUUAUGUAUUCAGCAUUUAAGAAAAUUAUUUUUGGAGUUUCUCCACCCAACAGGCCCUAUUAGUGUAGAGCAACAAGAACUUAAACAGUAUCAGAUGCUCCCUGUUUUCAUCAAAGCUUUUAGUGAUCUGCCUAAACCUAAUAAUUUUUCUGAUAAAUUUGGAGAUGUUUUACAAUUUGCUGGACACACUUCAAAGCUUAUUGUAUCUGAAGUUCAGCGUCGGGCUGCAAAUAAAAGCAAUUUACAAGCAAGCAAAGAUAUAAUUGUUUUUCUAUGCAGAAAUAAUGAUGAAUCUGAAAACAAAGGUUGGAAUUUACUUCAGACAUUGUUGAUCCUUGCUGAUGGAGAGCUUGCGAUUAUUGAAUGUAUGGUAGCAGCAACCUUACAGUCAACUCUUGUUAAAUGCCUCAAAUUGUUUUUCUUUUUGCCAUUUGAUUUUGGUUCAUAUGAAAAAUUUGUAGAAGUGCAAAAAUUACUGGUUCCUAUUCUUGUUAAAUUAUGCAGUUAUCCGAUUACAGCAAAAGAGUUAGUUCGAACUGAUGACAUGGCCACAUUGUUUGAAACACUGACUAGUAGUUGUAAAAGUGAACAUAUGAUAUGGAGAAGUGGAAUAUCUGAAGUUUUGGCUUCAAUCACACGUCAUUGCUUUACAAAUGAUGUUAUAAGUUAUAUCAAUGAUAAAUCAUGUAUUGCUUUGAGUUUGGCAAACAUUGAAGCAAUAUGUAACAUUGAUCCAUUGGCAGUUGUUGAAAUGUUCGUUACUCUAAUGUGUGUUUUGAAAGAUUCUGCUGAUGUUUCAAAUGUUCUAAUGGAAAAUUUCUCAAAAGCGCAUGGUUAUAAAUUUCUCAAAAGAGUUCUACUUAAAUUUUCAGCCCAAGGUGACGAGGCUUCUGAACAAGCUAGCCGCAACUUAGUUUUAUUAGUUUCCUCAUUAGUGAUGACAGGCUAUACACCUUUAUUUCCAUCAGCUGCAAUUUCCACUCCAUUCCAAAGAGGCGAGUAUGUAAUACCUAAACCAACAUUAACAAGUGGUGUAAGUGUGAGGAAUUUAGAAGCCUUUACUGUACUAAUGCAAGUAUUUUUAGAGUGUUCUAAUACAAAAUUAAAUCUCCAAAUUUUGCAAGCAAUUCAAAGUAUUUUAAAUUCAGACAAUGCAAACUACUUUAUCAUUGAGCCACUUCAUCCAUUUGCUCAGUUUAUUCAAAAUAUACCUGAAAAAGAUAUCACCUUAAAAAGUGCUGUUUUAAAACUUGUGGAGUUUGUAGCUUUACAUUUAUCUUGGGUACCAAGUCAAGAAUUAGUUGCUAUGACAAUUCUUUUCAAGAAACCAGAUUUAAAGUCAAGCCAGUGUGUUGUAUUGAAUUUGCUCAUAUUACUGAUAAACCAUAAUGCACUUUAUAAAACUAUUUUGAGAGAAGCAGGUCUUAUGGAUGUCAUGGUUGUAGCAUUAAAGCAUUACUCAACAUCACUCAAAGAUUCUUUGGACGCAACAAAGUUAGCAGUUGAUGAAUCAACAACAGAUUACUUAUUUUUACUAAUGGAAUGUGUCAGACUGUUAAUUGAAAACAAUUAUGCAAACACAGAAAUGUUUCGACAGCAUGGGGGUGCGAGAUGUGUUCACAACUUGAUCCCAUUUGAUUCAGUCAGACCAUAUGCUUUACGAAUUAUCCAGCAACUUAUUGUUGAUGGUGGAAAUGAUGAUUUAGGUACUCUUUUAGGACUGAUGCAUUCUACAAAUGUUUUUGAUUUAAAAUUAAAGUGUGAUGUCUUAGGAUCCUUGCUCUACAUAUUUCAGCAAAACCCUCAAACGCGAGUUGUUUUUCAAGAAGUUGGAGGAUUUGUUUAUGUUGUUUCAGUAUUAGUGAGUCUUGAAGGAUGUUUAGCUAUUCCACCAGUUGAUUUAUGGAAAGAUGCAAAAUGUGAAAAUUUGCUUGAAGUUAUAUGGAUGGUGUUCAAUGUUCUCACAUGUGCAAUGAAAGACGAACCAAUAAAUAAGCUUAUUUUUAUGGAUAAAAUACGCUUUAAAGGCUUAAUUGAUACUGUAAAGCUUUUAGGUUGUUUUACGUCUAAUAGCAAGGUAUCAUUUAAAAAUCUUUUAUUCUCAUCUGCCAAAAUUCAAAAAGGUGACACUGUGGAUUUACCAAUUGUUGAGAAGAAUGGACAAAAGUAUAUGCAGUUAGUGAUUUUCAAAGCAAUACUAAGUAUGGGGAUCGGCAUUUUUGAUAGUUUCACUUUAAAAUCUGAACAUUUUUUGUCUUUGCAAAAAGUUCCUAAAAUUAUCCAUCCAGCUUCAAUUAAUGGUCUGGUUGAACUAUUACCACUUUUUGUGAUAGAUGGCUGUCAAGAGAAUGAUAUAUUACUGUUUGUUGUUGAUCAAAUUCAAUUCUUACUAAACUCAGAAGUAAAUCAACAGCUUAUGUGUGAAGCUGGAAUGCCUUUAUUGCUACUUGAAAAAUGUAAAGAAUCAUUUAUAAAUGAUGAACAUCUUCUAAAUCCUUUGUUAACAAAGCUGUUUGAGAGGCUAGCAUCUCAGUCAUUGCAUCCUAAAGUACUUAGAAAAUUUCUACGCUUGGGAUAUCCUUUAUGCAGUAAAUCUUCUUAUGCUGUUCUCCGAGGUCCUGAAAAAGAAAUAUCAAAAACAAAAGAAAAAGAUGAGGUUGAUUGUAGUAUGUUACUAGAGAUUUAUGAUGGUGAAAUUGAUUUUUUGUGCGAUGAACAACCUACUACACAAAAUUUACUUGAAAUAAACGAGUUUCAAACAAUUGAAGAUGAUCUUUCUAGUCAGUACAGUAAACAAAAUUCUUUGGAUAAAAUUGAGGAAGAAAAUAUUGAACUGGAUGAAAAGUUAAAGAUAUGUUCAGAUGAAAAUUGUUUAAAUGUGCAUAUAAUAGAUGAAGAAAAACCAUCAUUAGUUUUGCAAGAUAGCCUUGAUGAAGUAGAUGUUAGUAUUAAAACUGCUGUCAAUAGAAUUGAAUCAUUAUUUGAUGCAGAAGAAAAAGAUCUAGGAUCUCUCAAGAAAUCUAAUUUUGCUGAUGAACUUGCAAGGUUGUGUGAAAAGUUUGAAGGUCGUCCGCUUCCUCAGAAUUUAGUGAAAUCAGUUGUGUCUUUAACAACACCACGAGAUGUUUUAAGUACAGUACCUCUAGAACCACCUGCUUUUAUUGAAUUUGAUAUGAAUGAAGAUGGCUAUGCUUGUUUGUUUCUACCUGCUAUAACCCCACAGAAUGUUCAAUUUACAACACUGAGUUCUUAUAGAAAAUCUAUUAGUGGUACUUCUAAUCUACCUAUAAAUUCUUCAUCUAACGGUGAAAGAAUAUUUCCUCCUACUACUGGACUAUCUCUCUCGAUAUGGUUAUAUAUAGCAACCGUUCCUGAUUUUCCAAACAAUAGUUCUCACAUCAGUUUAUUUACUGUCGAGAAGCAUUAUGAGGAAGUUUUAUCAAAACGAGUGAUCAAUCUUAGUGUCUUCCAAGUUUUUUUAGAUCUUCUAAAUCAUAGAUUAGUUAUAAGCACUGAUGAUAGUAACUGUACUAAAGCAAACACAGUGAUGUAUGUUAAAUCUGAUGAAAUUUUUGAGUUACAAAAGUGGAAUCAUAUAUGUGUAGUUCUUCAGAAAAAUGUGAUGAGAAACAGUACAGCAUCUGUUUAUAUUAAUGGCAAAAUUACUUUUAUGUCUAAGAUAAAAUACAUUUUUCAAGGAAUUCCAGCUUUGGCUGAUGUAAAUACUUGCAAAACAUUAGCAUAUAUUGGAACACAUCCUCGACAGUGUCAUGUUGAUAAUAUAAUCUGGAGAUUAGGGCCAAUGGCAAUUUUUGAGGAGCCUUUAAAUGAUGACACAAUUGCAUGUAUAAAUUCAUUAGGACCUGGUUAUUUGGGUUGUUUUCAAGCUCCUUGUCUAAUGGGAGUUUAUGAGGAAGACAACAUAGAUCAAAAGUCACUUAUUUCUGAAGAGAAGAUUCUUCUUUCAUUGAACCCUUAUAAUCUUACUUUGACUACUCUUUUCAAGUUGUUUUCCCAAUGUUCAAAAUCUGAUCUUGAAUUAUUAGCUAGUGAGAUGAACAUUAAUAUUGAAGACAAACAUACCCCUAUUCAGUUUCUUACUAAUUCUUCAUUACAUUUAAAUGGACCAUAUCGACCAAUUGGUUUUUUUUUAAUUGGAUCUGCUGGUAUACGAAUAUUUUGUCCGAAUCAAGUUGCUUCAUCUUUUGUCAGUAUUGGGGGAAUGUCAAUUUUGUUGUGUUUAAUUGCAAUGGUGACCCAGCUCAGUGAGCUCUAUGCUUCAUUAAAAGCCUUAACAUGUAUUUUGCAAAGCAGUAAAAUUGCAAAGAGAGAAAUGUUUCGAAUUGAUGGUUACAAGAUUUUGGCAUUUUUACUUGAGAAAAAGAAACACUUGCUGAACACACAUAUUCUUCAUUUAGUGUUUUCUCUGAUUGGAACUGUUCGUAGUGAUCGUGAUUCUAUUACUAUACCAAACAUAACUGCAUUUAAUGAUAUACUAUGCAAUCUACAGAUAUGGAAUAAUACACCAGGCAAUCUGGAAAAAAGUUUGUUUUCUCAUUUUUAUGAGCUAAUUACACAAGGCUUGGAUCACAAGCGAAAUAUUCAAUGUUUGUGCAAACUUGGAUGUGUUCCAAAAUUUAUUCACAUGAUUCAAGAAGGAGACAUAGCUGAACCUACAUUGCACACAGUAGCUAAUGUUUUGUCUGUUUUGCUUGCAAGUUCGACUCAAACAAAUGACUUACUAGUAGUUGGACAAUAUUUAGCUAGUACAAUUUCACUUAGUCAAAAUGAGCAACACAUUAUUCUUGAUAACAAUUAUGAAAAGUUUAGUCAUGCAUAUGAUUUAAAAAGAGAUAUUAUUAAGCGUAAUGCAUUAUUAGAUGUAUUUAUUCAUUUGUUAAUAUUUUCUGGUCAAGAAAAAGAUACAAUACUAUUCAGUAACCAAGUAUGUAAUAUUCUUGGUUUUGAUUGGCUGUUAUUGUUUUUUGGAGCUAAAGUACACAAACAAACAGUUUUGCGUGGAGCACAUAUGCUUUUUAUUUUACUAAGUGACUCUGCAUUACUAAAUAACUUUCAAUGUGGGUUAAUGAAUGGUUUUUGGUUAGAGGGGUGUGAUGCAAUCACUACAAAAAAUGUUGCUGCAGGAUUUAAUGUAUCAGAGCCAAAACCUUCCAAAGAACUAGAUCAUGAAGUCAAUCAUCAAUCAUACAAACAAAAAGGAAUUCCAUUGUUAACAACUUUACUUCAAGAACAUGUUGACCUCUCAGAAAUUUACUUUUUACUUUUUUCUCUUCUAUUAAAUACAAAUACAGGUUUUGGUGAGUUUUCAACACGGUUAAGUAUGAACACAUUUCUUAACAUUUUUCAGUCAUCUUUAAACAAGUUAAAAGAAGACAGACAGGUUUAUUUCCCAGAUGCUCUUGUAAUAUUAUUACAUCUUCUUAGAAAGCUGAUGAGUCAGGAAAAAUUACUUUAUGAAGUGGAUGGUGUAUCUUCAUCUAUAAUUCAAAUUUUUGGAUAUCUUCAUGAUAAUAGUUCAACGAUGGCAUCUAUUUUUUGUUCUUCCUCCAUUCUUUCUGCUCUUAUUGCUACUCUUUUUCCUAUUGAUGAAAAUAAAGAAUCACUUGACAGUAUUUUAGAGGCUAAUGAGUUGUUAGACGGUGGUUUACCUGCUGAUAAACUUUCUUUGAUUGAUCAUCCCUGUCAAAGUUUGGUUCUAAGCCUUUUGACAAAGAUUUUUUUAGAUCAAGUUUAUCAAACCACCGGUAAAAUUCAGACAUUCAUGGACUCAAUUUUUCAGAGUUUGCCAUCUUAUUCUACCUUUACCCAGCAGCAAAAGUUCACAACUCUCUUUGUAUCUUCUGUGCUUAAAGAUUUUGGUCAAUUCAUUAAAAUAAAUCAGUCUAAAAAUUUUGACUAUGUAAGGUGUUAUACUAAUGGUAUAUGUUUUGUAUCCAAGAUUGUUGAUCGGUUAUGGCUAGGUUUCUUUGAAGAAAGUUACAAAACCAUUUUUCAAUUUAUUGCAACUUUGUUAGGCAAAUGUGAAGAAAUUGGUUUAAAUGCAGAUUUAUUAUACCACUCUAUGAAUCGAGUUUUACUUUAUCAAUUUGCAAAACCUGGACAAAGACUAACAGAUCAAACUAACUUGCUUGAACUUUUGCAUCUGUUGACAAGUUGCAGUAAAGUUGUUUUUUCUCCGCAAAAUCGUAGUCCUGAGUUUAUAACAUGUUUAACACAUUGGUUGUUGGUUGUGGGCUGUGUUCAGCAAUGUAGACCAUCACUUCUUUUUGCACAGGAAUCAUAUAUAUCAGAAGAUGAAAGUUCAGAUGAUGGUUCAAGCCUAGAAGUGGUCAAAGACAAUUCAAAAGAUAUGAAUCAACUAAUUGCAAAUGCAACAGAGCGUGCUUGGGCUGUUUUCUAUUCACAUAAAAAAGAUGCUAUUGAAGAGGUGUUUGGAGUGCAAUCUUCAUUUGUUUCCUAUGAAGCUGCAUCAAUUACUCCAGCACAUUUGACAACUUUAGAUCUUUCUACAGCUGAGAAACUACUUAAAGAACAAGCUGCACGUUGUUGGAUUAACUUUAUUGGAAAUGAGCAGAAAAAGAGAAAUGAGUAUUUAGCUGGUCCAACCUUAACAUCAUCCAAAAGAUCAUCUAAAAAGUGGACUAAAUCUCUCAAAAAAGAAAGAGUUUUAGAAGAAAAUAUUUCUAUUCAGGAAACAAUAAACUGGAUGAUUGUACAUCUUCGUGCUGUUAAAGCUUUGAUGAAGAUUAAAAGUGCAAAAGUUUCUCAGGAAAUAGCUUUAGUUAAAAAUUCAGCUGAGAAAUGCUGGUCAAGAAUGGAACUUGAUUUGAUUAGAGAAGGAGGUGUUUGGGGUCCUAAUCGUACAAAUAUUCUGGAAAAAUGGAUGCUUGAUGACAUUGAAGGUCCAUGUAGAAUGCGCAAAAAACUUAAACGCAAUGACAUGUUCUAUAUGCACUAUCCAUAUGUUGAACAAGAGCAAGAUGUUUUAUUUACAAAAAAUCGAAUGCCUUACUCUUACGAUAGCAAAACUUUAUAUCAAUUUUGUCAGAAAUAUACAACUCGAGCUAAUAAAAGUGUUGUGACACCAACAAUAAGCAAUCCUUUUACAUGGAAACCUAAACUCUACUCUGUUGAUGGUUUUGAAGCUGAAGAUUCUAAAGAAGAAGUAAACACCCAAACUAUUAUUCAACUUUUAGAACAUGGAGAAAAGAUUUAUUCAAUGUAUCGGUGUGCAAGAGUUUGUGGUUUAGACAGUGCAGAAGGACUUUUUCUUUUUGGGCGAAAACACUUUUAUGUAAUUGAUGGAUUCACACUUAUGUCUGCUGAAAGAAAAGGCACAAACUCUUCUAAUCAAGCAAAAGAAAUCAAAGACAUUAAUGCGUUACCAGAAGGUUCUCAUGAACCGCUUAUACCUGCCACCAAAGGAAACUUUAUGCUUCAGAGAUCUUUAAGCAAAUGGAGUUUUUCAGAUAUUCGAGAAGUUCAUAAGAGAAGAUAUUUACUUAAGGACAUUGCAAUAGAAGUGUUUGCUAAUGAUGGUAACAAUCAUUUACUUGUGUUUCCAAAGCAAGCUGCUAGGGACAAAGUUUAUAGCAGAAUUUGUCAUGUUUCAUCAGUAUCGAAUAGUGAGGAAUCUAUUGCUGGUAUGAGUUCUGAUGUUAACCUUGAAUCUAGUCAAAAUAUAUUGAGUAGUUUAAUGACUGGUGAGCGAUCUGUUACACAAAGAUGGGUUCGAGGAGAAAUAACGAACUUCCAGUAUCUUAUAUAUUUAAACACUUUGGCUGGUCGCUCAUACAAUGACUUAAUGCAGUACCCCAUUAUGCCAUGGAUAUUAGCAGAUUACACUAGUGAUUAUCUUGAUUUGACGAAUCCUUCCACAUUUCGAGAUUUAUCUAAACCAAUGGGAGCCCAGAGUGAAGAAAGACUAUUUCAUUAUAGAAAGCGUUUUAAAGAAUGGGAAGAUCCUUCUGGAAAGACACCAGCUUAUUAUUAUGGAACUCACUAUUCAUCCGCCAUGAUUGUAGCUUCAUAUUUAAUUCGUUUGGAGCCAUUUACUCAACAUUUUCUUCGAUUACAGGGUGGUCACUUUGAUCUUCCUGAUCGUUUAUUUCAUUCUAUAAAAGACUCAUGGAUUUCAGCUUCUCAUUCUAAUAUGGCAGAUAUAAAAGAAUUAAUUCCUGAAUUUUUUUAUUUGCCUGACUUUCUUAUCAACUCAAAUAAUUUUGAUUUAGGCACAAAACAAAGUGGUGAAGUACUUAAUCAUGUUAUACUACCACCAUGGGCAAAAGGUGACGCAAUUGAGUUUAUCAGAGUUAACAGAGAGGCUUUAGAGUGUGAUUAUGUUAGCAGUCACUUGCAUGAAUGGAUUGAUUUAGUUUUCGGUUUUAAGCAGACAGGUCCAGCCGCAGUUCAAGCUGAUAAUGUCUUUCAUCAUCUUUUUUAUGAAAAAUCAGUUGAUAUUGAUGAAAUUGAAGAUCCUUUAGAGAGGAAAGCUACAAUUGGUUUUAUCAAUAACUUUGGGCAAAUGCCAAAGCAGUUGUUUAAAAGGCCACAUCCAAUUAAGCGUUCACUUCGAACAGCUGAGUUUAUUAGUCAAUCUGGAACAUCUCCUGUUGUAAACAGUUCUAUUGAGAAGCUGUUUUUUCAUUAUUUAAGUAACCUAAUACCUUCAGCUGUACCAGUAAAAGAAAUGAAAAGUCCUAUUGGUCAAAUUGUUGUUAAUGAGCGAUCAAUUUACUGUACAGAAAGCAAUAAGGCUUUAUUUCCUGGUACUCAGUUUCGACUAGGAUGGGGUUAUGGAGAUUUCAGCUUACGUUAUUACUCCAGUGAUGAAAAGCUUUUAUCAGUAUUUGAGGAUGUCUUUGUUGGACAAACAUUAUGUGUUUGUUGUUUGGAUUCUAGCAGCUUUGUAUCUGGAGGAACAAGUACUGCAGUGUGUGUUUGGAAUAUUGAACAAAAAAUAAAAGACAAAGGUUAUAAUUUAUCAUUACAAAAGGUGCUUUAUGGUCACCAUGGAAAAGUUCUGAGUAUUGCAUUCUCUAAAUCUUUUAACAUUAUUGUCAGUGGUUCAACGGACAAAAGUUGCAUAAUCUGGGAUAUGCAAAAACUGUUGUACACUCGACGACUCAAUCUUCCUUCUGGCAGCUCUGUCAACUGCAUCUCUAUUAAUCAUGUAACUGGUGACAUUGUUACAUGUGCUGGUACCAUUUUAUGUGUUUGGACUGUUAAUGGAGAAUUGUUAGUGCACGAAAACACUUCAGCAGCCAUCUCAAGUCAAAUAUUGUGUUGUGCUGUUUCAGAGAUGAAUGUUUGGGAUGAAGCAAAUGUCAUUAUAACAGGAGCAGUUGAUGGUGUUGUCAAGUUUUGGGGAAUUGAAUUUUAUGAUUUUGUUGAUUCUUCUCCUGAUUCCAAUGCUUGUGUUGCUUCAGAAAAAUUUCUGGAACAACGAGGUGAUGUUGAACAGGAUGUUGUUAAGCAACGAAGCUGGCGACGGCAUCUUGUUUUACGACACAAGUUAACAAUGCAUACUGCUUUUAAUCGAAUGGACAAUUGUGAACCAGCUUCAGUAACAGCAAUUGCUAUAUCUAAAGAUCAUCGUAAACUUUUUAUUGGGGAUAGUCGUGGACGCAUAUACAGUUGGUCUGUUUCAGAAACAGUUGGUCGUAUUGCCGAUCACUGGGUGAAAGACGAGGUUGCUGAUAAUUGUCGAUAUUGCAAAGUAAAGUUCACGUUUGCUGAGCGACGUCAUCAUUGUCGAAAUUGUGGUAAUGUAUUUUGCGGAAAAUGCAGUCGCUAUGAGUCACCAAUAGUUCAUCUUCGAAUUUUCAAAGCUGUUCGUGUUUGCAUUGAUUGCUACGUUGAACUAAAGAGAAAGCCUAGCCUAUCAUUUAAAACGUGAUUUUUAUUGCUGAAUAAUGUUUUUUCAUAAUAUUAAGGUCAAUAUUCAGCACUUAAAUUAUUUUUGGUUUUUCAAAACUAGAUUCGUAUUAUGAAUAAAAAAUAUAUGUACAUAAAAUAAAAUGUGGAUUUUUAA